AUGUCUCAAUUACGUGAUGAGAAGACUGCUCUAGGUGACUCAAAAGAGACGACUGCGCCAAAUGUAGUCAUUGAUCCUGUUUUUGAGACGACAGAGAAGGUUCUUAUUGGCGGAUUCAGCGACGACAUUCCGGAUGGAGCGAAGCGGGCCUCUUCCGAUGAGUCGGAGCCAGAAUACGACUUCAAGUCUGAGGAGUUUGCCAACAUACCUGAGCUUGUUCGAACUGUUGUCAGUUUCGAGGAUGACCCUUCUCUCCCUGUCAUUACCUUCCGAUCAAUUCUUCUCUCUGCCAUUUUUUGCGCGAUAGGUAGCAUUGUAUCUCAGUUGUCAUACUUCAGAACAACCACGGCACCCUUCCCUGUAUUUUUCGUCAUCCUAGCCUCAGCUCCUCUUGGUAGGCUGCUUGCUCGGACUUUACCGGAUUAUACGGUGCCUCUCGGGAGAUUCUCCUUUUCUCUGAACCCAGGACCGUUCUCAAUCAAGGAGCAUGCGAUCAUUGGUAUCGCGGCUAAUGCCGGUAGCCAGGGCCAGUGGGCAACUUUUUUGCCUACCAAUGCGGCACUGUAUUACGGCAUCACUAUGAACCCAGCCAUAGCACUGUUCUUUGGAUGGGGUGCUGCACUGCUUGGGUUUGCUUUUGCUGCCAUGGUUCGAAAAAUCUUGAUCGAUGAUCCUGAGUUCAUAUUCCCUCUUUCCCUGCAACAGGUCACCCUUUAUAGAAGCAUGCAAGGCAAAACUGAGCUUCACAGAAGCGUUUCCAAGAAGCAGAUGAAGGUAUUUUGGUGGAUUCUUCUCGGUACAUUCCUUUGGCAGUUUCUGCCAGAGUACCUCUUCCCCUUCGUCGCGGCCCUUGCACCCUUGUGUUGGUUCGCUAGCCGCAACCACACAGUCAACUUCCUCGGCGCCGGUCGAGGCGGUAUCGGGCUGCUCAACAUCACACUGAACUGGUCUAAUAUCACUUCAACUGUCAUUACCUACCCAUACAGUGUUCAAGUAACCAUCUUUGUCGGCUUUGUGAUCACGACUUGGAUCCUUAUCCCGGUAGCUUAUUUUGGGAACUUGUGGGGAUCACCAACGUACAAUAUCAUGUCAAAUGGUGUCUUCCAAAAGAAUGGAUCAGCCUACCCCUUUGAAUCAUUGAUUUACACGGACUCAAGUGGAAUUCAACACGUCAACGAGACAAGGUAUCAUGAAGUCGGUCUGGCGUACUCAGGAGCCCAGUACACUUGGGAGAUCUUCAUGUGGUACGCAUCGUACAUAUCCUCAUUUGUCUGGUGCGGAUUGUUUCUUGGCCCGAAAAUCCGCAAAAUCUGGAAAGCAAGAAAAGAUCAAGGAGAAUUCCACCAAGAUCGUCUUAGCCGUAUUAUUCAGCAGUAUCCCGGACUCACUCUAUGGGAAUGGGGCCUUCUGGCUGCCAUACCAAUCGGCAUCUUGUUGGUCAUCGUUGCAACGAAGUCUAUUUGGAUGCCGACAUGGACCUACUUUGUGGCAUUGGGCUUUGGUGCUGCCGCUAUGUUGCCGAUGAGUUUGGUUUAUGCGAUGUCGGGAUACUCCAUCAAAGUUGGUUUCUUUAACGAGCUCAUCUAUGGAUAUAUGAUUGAUGCACCUGGGUCUUCUCGGCAUCCCCUCGGUCAGCUUGCCUACCGUAUUAUAUCUGGCAACGUAUGGUACGAUGCCCGUACCGUGCUCGAGGAUCAAAAGAUUGGUCACUACUUGCACUUGCCACCUCGUGAUGUGAUUGGCAUCCAGAUUUUGGCCAACAUGUUUGCAAUCCCUAUCAACUACGGCGUCAUGCGAUGGGUUAUUGCCUCCAAAUUCGACUACGUCAGCGGCCGUAUUCCGGAUCCUCAAGGCCAAUGGACUGGUCAAGAAUUCAAGAGCUACAACACCGCUGGCAUCCAAUAUGCUCUUGUGGGGCCAAAGAAGCUUUUCGCGUCGUCCUUUUUCAAGCCAGUAUUGUAUGGAUUUCCCGCUGGCGCGAUAGCCCCUAUCAUCAUUUGGCUCCUGCAUAAGAAGUUCCCAAGAGCUCGAUUCGAUCUUUGGAACUCUACCAUCUUCUUUGCUAGCGCCGCAACCUUCCAUGGUAACCUCAGUACUGGACCAUUCACAACCUUCCUCGUCGGUACCUUCUUCAACUUCUACCUGUAUCGAUACAGGCGCAAGUUCUGGAACAAGUGGGCAUACAUCAGCGGCGCUGCUUUGGAUACCGGGUUCAACGCUAAUUUGCUGUUCAUUUUCAUCUUCCUUGGCACUACAGGAGCUGUCAUGGUAAAAUGGUGGGGCAACAAUGCUGACAACAUUGAGCGGUGUUUCGCCCUUAAGAAGUGA